UUAGUCCCCUAAAAUAAUAAGGAGAGAGGCAAAAGGAUGAAGACAAACAGUUAUGUUCCCGUCUUCUUCUUCUGCCUUCUCCUUCACAUUUUCCCUACAGCUAAAUCCCAGAAACCGCUCGCACCUGCUUUGUACGCUUUCGGAGACUCCCUUCUGGAUGCUGGCAACAACAAUUAUCUGCCUACUUCUGCCAAAGCCAAUUUUCUACCCUAUGGUAUUAAUUUCCCUAAUGGACCCACUGGCCGAUUCACCAAUGGCAAAACCUCUGCAGAUAUCUUAGCUGAAUACCUUGGGCUACCAUUCCCCCCUGCAUAUCUGAGUCUUUCGGAAGAUCAAAAGAUGGCAACCAAAACUGGUAUGAAUUAUGCAUCUGGGUCAUCUGGCAUCCUUGCCGGUACGGGAAAGAUUAUGGGGGAUAACUUGGAGUUGGAUAAACAGAUGGAGCUUUUCCAGGAUACUGUGAAGAAUUACUUGCCAAAGCAAUUCAGUAACGUGCAACAGCUUUCCCAAUACUUGUCCAAGUCUAUUUUCAUGAUCAGUGCAGGCAGCAAUGACUUUAUACUCAAUUUUUCUUCUCAAUAUACACGCAAUGGUAUCUCAGUACCAAAAGUUACUCCCGAAGCCUUUUCUGAGAAACUCAAAGUUACACUCUCAGAACAUUUGCAGAGGCUAUACGAAUUGGGGGCUAGGAAGUUUAUAAUAAGCGAGGUCGGCCCCCUCGGAUGCAUCCCGGCGGUGAUCAAAACCGUGAAACCUAUAGGUUCAUCGGGUUCGUGUACUGAAGACAUAAAUGAGUGGGCCAACAUUUUCAACCAGAAGGUCGGUGCAUUGGUAAAAGAGUUGAGUGCCAAUCUGCCGGGGUCGAUGUUCGUUAACAUGAGAGUGAACUCAUUAGCACUCAAUAUACAUGACAAGCCGGCAGUAUACGGGAUUAGAGAAGUAAGUGAGCCAUGUUGUGCAGGGGCACUCAACGGAAUUCUGCUCUGCCCUCCCUUGUCACCGGCGUGCCUCCUCCCGCAAACACACUACUUCUUCGAUCCCGUCCACCCAAGCCAGACCGUGAACACCGUAAUCAUCAGACAAUGCUUCAAUGGUUCAACCAUAUGUCUUCCAAACGUUCAACAGCUGUUGCAAGCCUAA